UCCUGUUCAAAGAUUCCCACUAAGAGUGAUGCGUUGUGCCAGGAGAAAUUGGUUUUUCCUGUGUGGCUUCACAAGUGUGUAUAAUUUGGCAUGCUAGCUGUGACACCUGCCGAGCCAAAAUUUAGCUAAACAAAGAAUCAUCACAAUACUGGGAGCUUGGUACCGCUCAUAGUUUUCUUUAUGUUGACCUGCAGUCUUGGGAGGAUCAGGACUUAAAAUACAGUAAGGCCACCCAACCUUUACAAAUAGAGUGGAAACUAUUUGUUAGGAAAAGUCAAUUGUACAAAUAGCUAUUUUUCAACUCCAUGAAGUUCAACUUUUAGAAAGGUUUCUGAAGAAGCAGGAAGCGGCUCUCCUAUACUUGGAAUUUCAGCUGGGAUGGGGGAGGGGGUGGGCACUACCCAGAUGGUAUUUAGAGUAGAUUACUGAUUAGUAAUCCUUUUCUGCCCUAGAAGAUUAAGGCUAUUCUAGGGGAGUUGUGGUGGUCAGCUGACAGGUUUGUUUAAAUAAAUGGAAAUGCCUUGGUCACUGGCAAAAAAAAAAAAAAAAAAAAAGAUUGACGCCCUGAAUUUUUUAGAAAUGUGUGCCUAUAGGUUAGGUUGGAGGUUCCUUCUCUUUGUUUACUGAAGAAUAUUCAUUUUAGCCCUGCCCAGGUUAUUCAUUGUUGACAGAAAUUAACUGCUCCUCCUGGGAUUGCUCUGGACUAGUCACUUAUUAAACAGAUGUUGUAUUUGCUAGUCAUGGGGAGGAUCUCAAGGGUUUGAAAAGGAAAGAGAAUACUUUGUAGGGGGAAGCAGGAUAUUGAGACUGUGCAGCCUGGAGAGCAGAGCCUAAUGUGCCUAGGGCUAAAUGGAAGAAGAAGCAUGCUGUCAUAAGACCAUGUGCCAUCCAUUUUCCUGGAAUGGAUCGUAGAGAGAUGGACUUAUAUGAGGACUAUAAAUCACCCUUUGAUUUCGAUACAGGAGUGAACAAAAACUAUCUCUACCUGUCUCCUAGUGUAACUACAUCUCCACCUGGAUCACCUACACUACAGAGACAAGGUCUACUGAAAACGGACCAAGUACCAGAAGAAGGGGAAGAUGCUGCUGCUACCAUCAGUGCUACAGAGACCCUGUCAGAAGAAGAACAGGAAGAGCUAAGAAAGGAACUUGCAAAGGUAGAAGAGGAGAUACAGACCCUAUCUCAAGUGUUAGCAGCCAAGGAGAAGCAUCUAGCAGAGAUUAAGAGGAAGCUUGGAAUCAAUUCACUACAGGAACUAAGGCAGAAUAUUGCCAGAGGCUGGCAAGAUGUGACAGCCACAUCUGCAUACAAGAAGACAUCAGAAACUUUGUCUCAGGCUGGACAGAAGGCCUCAGCUGCUUUUUCUUCUGUUGGCUCUGUCAUCACCAAAAAGCUUGAAGAUGUAAAAUUGCAGGCCUUUUCACAUUCUUUUAGUAUUCGCUCCAUUCAACAUUCAAUUAGCAUGCCUGCUAUGAGAAACUCACCUACUUUCAAAUCAUUUGAAGAAAAAGUUGAAAACUUAAAGUCUAAAGUCGGGGGAAAUAAGGCCGCUGGAGGUGACUUUGGAGAAGUUUUGAAUUCUACUGCGAAUGCCACAGCCACAAAAUCUCUGACAGAGCAGACAGAGGAGACCCAGUGAAAUUGUUGCCAUUGGUUCUGCUACCCACUGCCAGAUGCUGCAAGCAAGAUCCAAGCACAUUAAUAGAAUGGCCUUGGCUAUGAGUUUCCAACAAAUGUGUUUUUGUUUAACUUUUGUGUAUUCAUUCAAAAAAUAGUUUGUGGGGUUAACUUUUUUCAAAUUAAAAUGUAGUGAAUGAAUUUAACCUUUUGUUGUUUCCCCCCCCCCUCCUCCAAUCUUCCUUCCGCAAGGAAGCACAAUUUAAAGAUCUAACAAACUGCAUUUUAGGAUACUUAAUUGAUAUCAGCAUUAUGAAAAAUGAAUAUUUUCUGGAAAAAUUCAGUUGAAUGAUCUGAGAAACGAUAAUGAUAUAGUUUAUUUCCAAGUUUAUGAUUCCUCUGGUGCAUUGAUUUAUUUUAUUUCUGAAAAGUUUGCUUUUCUUUUGUAUUUAUUUUGUUGCCAAACUUGAAUGCCAUCCUUUUCACUCUUUUAAGUAAUCCCUCAUUAUUAGAUGCUUUGGUAUAAUAAUUUUUCCCCUUUCUGGUAAUAUCUUCCAGUUAUAAAAAAAAACUCCAACUUAUUUUAAUGACUGUAUGUGAGGGAAUUUCCCUAGGGAUUGUAUGCAAUUAUGUUGAAUUAUGGAAAUCAGUCAUAGUCAUGUAAUAUUUAAUUUUAUAAUUUGUAUAUAACAAGGUUAUAAAAUCCUAGGUGACCUGAGUGUGGGCAGUGUCCCUAUUUCUGGUUUCCCUUGUAUAGAUUUAUUAUCCUUAGUCAAAGAGUAGUAAUUUUGUUGUAUUGGUUACUAAACCACUUUCCCAAAUGUCUGUUUCACACUAGUUAAAAAGAAAUAAUGGGAAGAUAAUUAGCAUAUGACAAUUGGUAUAUUUCAAAUUUGCAUUGAUUUGAUCCAGAAUAUUGUUUAAUAUCUUUUUGAAUUUGUAACACUAAGUGUAUUUGAUUGUCAAACUCAAAAAUUUGUGAUUUUGGUCUAGGUGGUUCUAAAAUGUUAAUUAGAUUUAUAGAAACUUCAUUGACUUCAUUUAUUUCCCUCAGCACCAUUUAAAAUAAAAUGUUAAAGCACACAAAGAUGCACAACAAAUGCAGCAUGGAUUUUUUUUAUACUUAAUACUUUGUGAUGAUUCUUUUGGGGUUGUUAUGGAUGAACACAGCUCAACACCUCCGCCUCAAUGAUUUUCAGUGCUCGAAUCUUCAGUUGAUUUUUGUAGCUGUUGCCUCUAACUUUGAAAACUGGUGGGAAUGAAUACUAUCUUGAAGCCUCUAGUUUAUCCUGAAAGGGGCAAAUAAUGUUAACUCUAAUAACCACUUUUUAAUCAUUUCCAAUCUCUUGUGUUCUGUAAGUUUAUGCAUAUUAUAGUGUUGGUGUUGUUAGUUAUCUGGUUUGUAAUUGUUUUUGUUGUUGAUGUAAAAUAUUCUUUGGAGGCAUGACUUGAUUUGUUAAAGGAUAAUCUCUCUUAUCAAAACCAAAUUUCAAAACCACCACAAGUGUUGUUUUCAAUAAUAUGCUGCAUCCUAAUAGCUAGAGCUUUGUUAGCACUUUAGAUAUAAUUGAUAAAAUACUCUAUUAUAUGUGAAAUGCUUAAUAAAUUCUCUAUCUCAG